UCGGUCCGUGUCGUCGAGAGUGCAUCGCAAAUAUGGCAUAUGAAGUCUCACGCGAUCAACCUGAGGAAGGAGAGCCGUCCUCUUCUCGCGUUCUCGCUAAACACUCUCCUUUGGAGAUGGUUCCUGAGGUAGAAUCCGAUCAGGAUGAGAGCAGCUUCGAAGCUCUACCUCUGACCAAUUUUGGUACUAAACGUCGGCGACGGCGAACCAUCACUCGAGUACAUCGCAGCAGGCUGCGCAGUCUAUGUAGUUUGUGGAAAUGCCGUCAUUUAUAUUGCCAUAUUCAUCCGUACUCCCGAAGAGCCAUGCUUUGCAGAUUCGUAAAGCGCCCGUUCUGGGGCGCCGUGAUCGUGCUCGGCCUCCUCAAAAUCGCCUCUCUCUUUUGGUCUGGCUUAGUAUACCUCUUUCCAGACGACCUUGAUGCCCGUCUCGACGCCUGGGUCUUCCCUGCCGGUCGCCCAUCCAUAUUCUCGCAUUGGACCACCCACGGUGUCGUCCCCGUGCGAUGCCACUCACACAAUGACUAUUGGCGCGACGUACCGCUCCAUUCGGCCCUUACCGCGGGCUGCAUCGGUGUUGAAGCCGACGUCUGGCCAUCCAACAAUGACUUGCUCGUUGGACAUACCCCCUUCACACUGCACCACGAAGUCACUCUCCGCAGCCUGUACCUCAAUCCUCUUCUAGACCUGCUCCAGAAGCACAACACCCGGUCGAGCCAACUCGAGCCCGCGCACCAUCCCGGCAGCUUCCGCGCCGGAGUAUUCUCCAGCGACCCCUCACAGACUCUUGUCCUGCUCAUCGAUUUCAAGGAGCAGCCGGAGGCCACCUGGUCCAUGGUGAUGGAGCAGCUCCAACCCCUCCGUGACGGCGACUACCUCACAUAUUUCAACGGCACAGACGUCAUCACCCGGCCCCUCACAGUCGUCGCUACAGGCGAUGCGCCCUUCGAUCGCAUCACAUCGAACCAAACAUACCGGGACAUCUUCUACGACGCCCCGCUAGACCAGCUCGCCCUCCUCCCACCCAGUACCGAACAAUUCGAUCAUCCAGAUCCACAAGCAGAUCCUACCUACUCGUACAAGAAUAGCUACUAUGCCUCUGUCGACUUCCGCAAGACUAUCGGCAGUCUAUCCCGCAACCGCUUCUCGCAGGGACAGCUGGAGCUGGUCCGGAAACAGGUUGAAGCUGCGCACGCGCGGGGCUUGAAGGUGCGGUACUGGGGAACCCCGAGCUGGCCGCGGGGUUUGCGGAACCAUGUUUGGCAUGUGUUGGUGCGGGAGGGAGUGGAUCUGAUCAAUGUGGAUGAUUUGAGGGAGGCCACGAGGCAGGAUUGGAGGAAGCAUCGGAGUUGGUUUUUUUGAUGGCUGUGGAUGGAGUAGCAUGGUUCUGUAUGCAGAUAUGUUGGUGGAGUUAUGGAAAUGUGAAUGUGAAUGUGAUUUACUCAUUGAUAUUACUCUUGUCUCAUCUGGG